GAUACUAUGAUACUCGUGAAGAACAUCCCUUAUGGCACUACUGCGGAACAGAUACGUGAGAUGUUCGAGUUACAUGGGGAACUCAGCCGCGUCAUCGUACCACUGGCAGGUACCAUGGUGGUGGUGGAAUUCGAACAGGCAGAUGAAGCUGCCAAGGCUUUUCGAGCUGUAGCUUACCGACGUCUGGGAAGUAGUGCCAUCUACUUGAAGAAGGGUCCGAUGGGCAUGUUCCAGGAGACUGAGGAUGCAGCAGGGAACUCUUACCGUACGCUAAUAAAUGCAUUCAAGCCGAUCACUAUCGCCGAGCAGGAAGCUGGCGGUGGUGCUGAUGCGGACGAGCCUGCUUUGUCUGCUGGGACGACUUCGUUUGUCAAGAAUCUGGCUUUCAGUGCCACUGCAGAGCGUCUGGUGCAAGUCUUCCGUGGUCCUUCUGGAUUCUCGUUCGAGACCAAGCCUGAUCCCAAACGGCCUACUGUUCAUGGUGCUGAAGCCCCCAGGCUGAGUAUGGGGUAUGGCUUCGUGGGGUUCAAGACGGCUGAAGAUGCGAAGAAGGCUAUGAAGGGUAUGCAGGGCUUUAUACUUGACAGACAUUCAUUGCACGUCAAGUUCGCUGGGCGCGGAACAGAAGACGAGCCCAAGGACAAUACAGUCGCCAAGAGCAGGUCGACGAAGAUGAUAGUGAAGAAUGUUCCAUUUGAAGCUACGAAGAAGGAUAUCAGAGAGCUGUUUAGUGCACAUGGUCAUCUCAAAUCCGUACGUCUUCCGAAGAAGUUCGACUCGUGUUCGCGUGGUUUUGCGUUCUUGGAGUUCCUCACCCGGCAGGAAGCGGAGAAUGCAUACGCACGACACACGCAUUUACUUGGGAGAUAUCUUGUACUUCAGUGGGUGGAAGAGGUUGAACAGGACAUAGAGGUGCUACGGAAGAAGGCGGGCGUACUACGUAGGGUAUGGUGAUAGUGCUGAAUUGCCUGUGCGUAAACGGAAACUUGAAAUUGCGGGAGAUGAUACUGGUGGUGAUGUAGAAUGAUAUCGAUGACGUAUACUACCAGCACCACAAUUUG